AUGCAUGGAUUCUCCGGUGCUAAUGGUUUUGUGGAGCUAGGUGAAUGCUGGGCAGAGAUGAUUAAAUACGUGGCUAAUGAACCAUCCAUUGGGCUUUUUUUUAUCCAACAACAUACUCAAACAGCUGUGCUCAAUAUUAUUAAACUUCAAAACAAUGUUAUUGCGAAGUCUCGUGAAACAAGUUUACACACACAAGAUUUAGAAGAUUCGAUCGUAAUGGUUAGAUCGAUGAAGGAGUGUGGAUUUUCUAUAGUUGAUGAGAUGAUUGGAGACAUUAAAAAAUCUCUAAUAACUAUGGGAGCAAAACAACCAAAAAAGGGGUUGAUUCGUCCUGCAACAAAUAUUGAUAGAACUAGUUUUGGGGGUAAUUCUGCUAUUUAUGCUCUUGAAAGAAGUGAAAAAAGGGGCAUUACAUCUUCGCAGGGUAUGGAAACUGAAGAGCUCAACUUGUCGCACUUGGUUAAAGAUGAACCUCAAUCUCAAUCUCAACCUCAACAUAGUAAUGUUAGUGAUCUUGAGAAGUUAUUAGUCUCAGAAAAGUAUGAUGACUUCAAAGCUAAUAUAGAAGCUAAACUUGAGGAGUGGCUAAAAGGAACUAACAGCCAUCAUGACAAUUGUCGAACAGUUGACGAUAAAAAGCUUUAG